GCCCCGCCCGGCCUGUUCCGGCCCAGCCAUGGCGGGAGACGGCGAGGAGGCUCUGGCGGCUUUCGUGGCCCUUCACGGAGCCGCGCUCCGCGCAUCGCAGGUCCCCACGCAAUACUGGGAGAGCCUGAGCCGCAAACUGCGGGGAGAGGUAUUUGAUGCUGGUGAUUACUUUGGAAUAAUGCAAGUAGAAGAGGUGGAUGAGGAGGAAGAAGUUGAUGAAGAAAUGGAAGAACAGUUUAAAAAGAAACCAAAUCCUGGAAAUGCGCCUUGUUUCAAAGUUAUUGUAACUAAUGAGAAUGGACUUCAAGCCUCCAAUCCUGAUAGCGUGUUCCUCAUCGACCACGCCUGGACAUACCGCGUGGAGCAUGCCCGGCAGCAGCUGCGCCUUGUGCCUGGCCUGCUGCACAGGAUGGCCAACCUCAUGGGCAUCCCCUUCCAUGGAGAGGUCCCAGACGAGAGCAGCAUCGAGCAGGUGGUGCAGGAAAUGUGGAAAUACAACCAGACCUACAAGCUCUCUCAAGGGACUGCAGAAGAGAAGGUUCCUGUCUGGUACAUCAUGGAUGAAUUUGGAUCACGCAUUCAGCAUUCAGACCAGCCGAGUUUUGCAGCAGCACCUCUGUUUUAUAUGCCUCAACAAAUUGCUUACACAGUUCUCUGGCCUUUGAGAGACCUUGAAACUGGUGAUGAAGUCACUCGUGAUUACGCUUACGGGGAGACGGAUCGCCUGAUCAGGAAGUGUGUUUUGUUACCCUGGGUGCCUACUGAAGUGUUGGAUAUCAGCUGCUUUACUCCAGAACCACCAGAUGAGCAUUAUCAGGCAAUUUUAACAGAAAACAAGGAAAAACUUCCCGGAGCAAUAAAUCCACCAGUUUAUGCCAAAGACAAAGUUUUCAAGGUGUUCACUGACAUUCAGCAAGUCCUCAACAACCUGACGCAUCCCCGUUUUGUAUUCACAGACAACGAGGGAGAAGCAGACAUCCUCUACAACUUCUCACACUUCAAAGAUUUUAGGAAGCUAAGUGAGGAGAGGCCUGAGGUAAUGGUGAAUCAGUUCCCAUGUGAGAGCCUCCUGACAGUCAAAGACUGCCUUGCAUCCAUUGCUAGACGAGCUGGAGGACCAGAUGGGCCCAGGUGGUUGCCUCGGACUUUUAACCUCCAGACAGAAUUGCCUCAGUUCAUCAGCUACUUCCAGCAGCGUGACAGAAGAGGAGAAGACAAUCACUGGAUAUGCAAACCAUGGAACCUGGCCAGAAGCCUGGAUACGCACAUCACAAACAACCUGAACAGUAUCAUCAGGCACAGGGAAAGCAGCCCAAAGGUGGUGUGCAAAUACAUCGAGGAGCCGGUGCUGUUUGAGUGUGAGGACGUGGGGCUGGUGAAGUUUGAUGUGCGCUACGUGGUGCUGCUGCGCUCUGCCCGGCCCCUGCAGCUCUACAGCUACGACGUGUUCUGGCUGCGCUUUUCCAACAGGGCAUUUUCGCUUGAUGACCUGGAUGAUUAUGAGAAGCAUUUCACUGUCAUGAAUUAUGCUCCUGGUGUGACAUUGAAACAGGUGCACUGUGAAGACUUUAUUCCUCUGUUUGAAAAACAAUAUCCUGAAUAUCCUUGGACAAUGGUACAAGCAAGUAUUUUUAAGGCAUUUGCUGAUUUGUUCCAAGUUGCUUCGUCUAAACCUGCCCCUCUUGGCAUCUGCGAUUAUCCAUCAUCAAGAGCAAUAUAUGCCAUUGACUUGAUGCUUAAGUGGGACACCAGCAGAGAUGGAAAAAAAAUUAUGCAGCCUCAGAUCCUGGAGGUGAACUUUAAUCCUGACUGUGACAGAGCCUGCAAAUACCACCCUACCUUUUUUAAUGAUGUCUUCAGCACCCUUUUUCUGGAUGAAACAGACAACUGCCAUGUGACACGCAUUGUCUAACCACAGGAGACAUGACUCCAUCAAUUUCCUUCUCAGAUACACUUAGCAGCAGGAUUUAUAUUUCAGUUCUAUGAGCUGCUGAUACAACUGUUUUCCUAUGCUGAUCACCAGGGUAAAAAAAUACCAUAUCAGAAGAAGAUGCAAAUACCAUAUACUGUAUUGAUAAUCCCUUUGUCUGCACUGUCCAAGUCUUCCUUUGUUCUUUCUGUAAAACAUAGGUGUGUGUUGACAAAGUGGCUUGUUUAUUGAAUAUUUGAGACCUCAGAGUAGGACUUGUGUUUCAGGUAGCCUGAUUGCUUGCUGGGAAACAUUGCACAAGUUCCAUAUGUCAACUUUAAAACUAUAAUUUACUGAAUCACAUUGGGGUUUGUAUGUCCCUUACUUAUCUACUCCUAUACAAAGAUCUAAAUUGUUCUGGUGGGUGGGAAAUAAUAUAUUAAUAGGGUAUUUCACUGCAAUAAACUAUGUGGUUAAUGAGACUAUAGACUGUGGUGGCCAGGCCAGGUUCGUUGAUCUGACCCAGGACACCAUGACUUUCCCAGAGAGAGCAGUCCCACAAGAGAGCCUUUACAGGGAGGUCUCUGGUGAUACCUGGCCACCAGGUAACCUCAGCAAAGGGCAGCCUGUGGCUGCAAGUGAUUUCAGCUCUGCUUUCAAGGUUAUCCCGUGCCAACUCAGAGAUAGACAGACAGGAGCAUUGGGAUGGCAGCUCCCUGCUGAACUGGGCAGAAGCUGGGGUUUUUAUGGGGGACGGCCAGGGUUGUACCAGGGGGGAAAACCAAUGGGCUACAAAGGACCAAUACAGUCAUCAAGGCAUGGUGGGAUACCUCACCAUGAGAAGAGAGGAUGGUCCCAUCUAAGGGGUAUCUCUCCAGGAGAGGGUUGGGAUAAGCUUGUCACAGCUCCCCCAAGGCACAUUCCUCCAAGGGAAAGCCUUGGCAGACUGACCUGCCUCCACAGCUCCCCCUUAAUGUAUUUAGUAAAAACGCCUUCUUAACAGCUCCUAAAGCAACAUACAACACAGGAGAACAUAAGUAACACAGUAAGGAUCAGAACAAAAAUCCACAAAAUUCCCUUAACUAAAGAUUAAACCCAUCCUGUUAA